AUGGUGAGUACUGUCAGCAAGCUGACACAGGAGCAGAUCAUGGAGUAUAAAGGCGUGUUUGAGAUGUUUGACGAGGAGGGAAAUGGAGACGUGAAGACACAGGAGCUGGAGAGGUUGAUGAGCUUAAUGGGAAUCAACCCCACCAAGAGAGAGCUCGGUCAGAUGGCCAAAGACGUGGACAAAGACGGCAAGGGCACUUUCAACUGUGACAGCUUCCUUGGUCUAAUGGCACUGUACCACGAGAGAACAAAAAACCAGGACACCCAACUCAGAGCAGCUUUCAAAGUCUUUGACAAAGAAGCCAAGGGAUAUAUUGAGUGGAAUAGCCUUAAAUAUGUGCUGAUGAAUGCCGGAGAGCCGCUUAAUGAGAACGAGGCGGAGCAGAUGAUGAAGGAGGCAGAUAAAGAUGGAGACGGGACCAUUGAUUAUGAAGAAUUCGUGGCCAUGAUGACGGGGGACUCAUUCAAAAUGAGCUGA